GAGGGGUCUCGCGGGCGCGGAGCGCGGCGGGUGGCGGGCCGGGAGCGAGGGUGGCGGCUCCCUCAGGACCCGGCGCGGGCGGCGCGAUGCGGCGGGUCACGCUGUUCUUGAACGGCAGCCCGAGGAACGGCAAGGUGGUUGCUGUAUAUGGAACUUUGUCUGACUUGCUCUCAGUAGCUAGCAGUAAACUCGGCAUAAAAGCCACCAGUGUAUAUAAUGGGAAAGGCGGACUGAUUGAUGAUAUUGCUUUGAUCAGGGAUGAUGAUGUGUUGUUUGUGUGUGAAGGAGAGCCAUUUAUUGAUCCUCAGACAGAUACUAGACCACCUGGAGGAUUGCUAGCAUCCCACACAGACUGGCUGACAUUAAAUGUAGGAGGUCGAUACUUUACAACAACAAGGAGCACUUUAGUGAAUAAAGAACCCGACAGUAUGCUGGCGCACAUGUUCAAGGACAAAGGUGUCUGGGGAAAUAAGCAAGAUCAUAGAGGAGCUUUCUUAAUUGACCGAAGUCCUGAGUACUUUGAACCUAUUUUGAACUACUUACGUCAUGGACAGCUCAUUGUAAAUGAUGGCAUUAACUUAUUGGGUGUGCUAGAAGAAGCCAGGUUUUUUGGUAUUGACUCACUGAUUGAACACCUAGAAGUGGCCAUAAAGAAUUCCCAACCACCAGAGGAUCAUUCACCAAUAUCCCGAAAGGAAUUUGUUCGAUUUCUGCUGGCCACUCCAACCAAGUCUGAGCUGCGCUGCCAGGGUUUAAACUUCAGUGGUGCUGAUCUUUCCCGUUUGGACCUUCGAUACAUUAACUUCAAAAUGGCCAAUUUAAGCCGCUGCAACCUCGCACAUGCAAAUCUCUGCUGUGCUAAUCUUGAACGAGCUGAUCUUUCUGGAUCAGUGCUCGACUGUGCAAAUCUCCAGGGGGUCAAGAUGCUCUGCUCCAAUGCAGAAGGCGCAUCCCUGCGGCUCUGUAACUUUGAGGAUCCUUCAGGUCUUAAAGCCAACUUAGAGGGUGCUAAUCUGAAAGGUGUGGACAUGGAAGGAAGCCAGAUGACAGGGAUUAACCUCAGAGUUGCCACCUUGAAAAAUGCGAAACUGAAGAACUGUAAUCUCAGAGGAGCAACUCUGGCAGGAACUGAUUUAGAAAACUGUGAUUUGUCGGGGUGUGACCUCCAGGAAGCCAACCUGAGAGGCUCCAACGUGAAGGGUGCCAUAUUUGAAGAGAUGCUGACACCAUUACAUAUGUCCCAGAGUGUCAGAUGAGAGUGGCAAGAGCUGGAGGAAGAUGUCCCAGAUGAAAACGUUUCCUUAUUUUAUUUCUCCAUCCAUCAAGUUGUCUAGUGGAGAUAAAAGUGUAAGGGAAUUUAAGGCAUAUGCUUGUUCCCAGAGGUGCAUAAGGGGAAAUAAUUGAAUUUCCCCUCAUUGUGACUGUAACAGAAGAACACUCUGUUCAUAGGAGGGACAGUAGAUCAUGCUGCUGCAUUUUGAGUGGAGUUGGGGCAUUUGUCUGAUUUCUGACUAGGAGUAGUAGCUAUUAUAUUUGCUUUUAUUUAGGCAUUGUGUGGAAGUACCAUCUUGGUUUAAGAUGCAUUUGAGAAUUUUAAUUUAUGAAAAGCACAACAUAUGCAAAUAUAUUUAUUGAAUACCUAGAUGCAGUAAGGAUGUUUAAGUUGUUAAACGUCUUGAAGACUCUAAUGAGUUGUUCAGGUUUAUAAAUAGCUUUAGCGAUGCCUUGCUCUUUACACACCUAUCUAUCACAUGAGGGUGGUUAGUUUAAGACUCCCUUUGGCUCUUUUGAGAUUCAUUUCUAUAAUGUUUACUUUUAAAGAAAACAAACAGCUAAAUUUGAGUCAUAUUUUAUUCUCACAUUUUGAGACCCAGUGGAAGGAAAGCUCUAUCAUUCUGCAGGAGGAGGAAGGGUUCGGCAGUCGCUGCAGCUGUCCUGUGAGCAUGCUUCUACGUCAUUAUAGGCCGGCUCCAGGCUGCAGCAGACAAGGCUGCUCUGCCCCUUUACUGGUUCUCAUGCUCAGUUGUCACAAGCACAGGAAGACACUUCAGAACCAAAACACAAGCUUUAUCCUGGCCACAGUUCAUGUAAUGCCAGUUAGUUUAUACACAACCAGCUUAGAAUAGAUAUUCAAUCUAAAUCUACUGCAGGUUGAGCUAUACAGUAGGAAUAAAUCCUGCAGUCGCCUACAAGAGGGCAACAUCAGAUAAUUAUAGCUGAAACCCUACAGUGGGGACUAAGAAAUUCUAAACUGAUGGCUUGAUUAUAGCCACCAAAAAAGGUUGAUGAACAAAAAAGAAGCAUUUGGUUAGUACACGCUGUACUAUGUACCUGUGGCUCUGGUUUUUGUUUUGAUUUUUUAAUUUUUAAUAUUUUCUGUUGUUUGUCUUGUUUUUAAAUGAAAUUUUAGUCCAGGUUUCUUGAGUCAUUAUCUGUGAACACAGCAGUAGGGCCUUUACCUUUCUAGUGGAUGUCCCAGUGUCCUUAUCUUAUGUGUUGCCCAAGAGCAGGGAAGAAGCUGUGUCCAAAUGGGUUCUAGAUCCUACAGGCUGGUCAGCUUGAGGCAGUGAAUCAUUACAGAUGACCUUGUCUCCUUCAGGAGGGUGGCAUGUCUCCAUUGUUCUGUAGCUUAUUCUUAUAUCUACAUAUGCAAAGCUUUCCUUCAUAGUAAAGGGCUCACAAGGGGAGGAGCGUGCUCCUUUACAGGGAAAGGAAAGCAAUUUCAAAAAUGAAUUAUUUUCUUUGUGUUAUUAUUUUUACCAAGACAGAGAAGUAUUGUAUUGAGAGAUACCUAUUUUCAUAAUCAAUAUGUGCCUAAAUUAUAUUUAACUCAUUUCACUGCACUCUAUUUUCAAUAAUUAUAGACUGUAUUCAUUCACUGAAUGGUCCUCUGCAGACAGACCUGAGGCUGCAGAAGGAGCUGAAAGCUGUAAACACAGCGUGCUUGGGAACUGCGGGGUUCAGAUCUGAUGUAAACCGCAUUAAUAAAUGGUGUGGAACGCUGA